AUGAGGGGUUUCCUUCACCUUGCGGUGGUCAUGGCUGCAAACUUCACUGCUCAGCCCGAUGCCGACGACUCUUGGAUAAAAAUCCGUUUCUGGCGCGGAAGUUACGCCGAGCCGGAAGCCGUUCCCGAGCCUAUUGUUGAGGAGGACCGUGGCGUGGGAUCGCGCCCGGUCAUUGAGUUCCUCAGGGAUUGGUUGGGAGGGUGGACACUCCUCGAGUCGGAGCCCAACCCGGCUGGAGUGCCCUCUGGGGAGGGCCACUCCGAACAGUCGGAGAAUGCCGGCGAUCACUGGUUUGUGACGUUCUGGCUGAACCUUCUUUUUAAAGUCGCGGACACCGGUUUUGUUUACUGCGGGGCCCUCUGUGCUUCUGUCGGCUACGCGGCCAAGUGGGCCUACUGGCUCGCAGUGGCGGUAGUGGGGGUCUUUUGCCUCCAGCUGGCCGUUUGGACAAUCAGCUGGGUGGUCAUACCCGUCCUGAGGCAUACCUACGCCUUUUACCGGAAGUUCGAGGGAGGAGCGAGAAUCGAGAACCCCUCGAUUUACCAGCAUGGAUACCUGGCCCGGUGCAACGGCGUGCACUCCAGUAGUCACCGAUACUGGCGAAACCAGAUUGAAGUGGCAGAAUGCGCUGUGCACCUCUGCUCAGCAGACCCUUGCACAGCACCGGACUGCGCGGAAGUCCAUGUGGGCCUGAGCGCUGUGGCGCCCCGCUCCGAAGAGGUCGACUUGCAGGAGGUAGCGGGCAAGGAAGAGCCUGCCGCUUUGCCCUUUGCUGUUGCCUGCGGCGAGCUUCUCGCCCGGGCAGCGGCAGCGCAGGGAGACGGGACCUCCACGACGAUUCGGAGACUGAAUUCAGAGGGUGGAGAAGGAGACCACAUCUGUCAAGCAGACCAGGUCGCGCUAGGCGGACCUGAGGCGAAAGGGCCUCUUUCGUUGGGGCCAUGUAAGGAUUGCAGCUGCGGACCUCCUAUCCGCCUACUGCAGCCAGACGAACGCACGAGCUGCACAGAGGACUUGAUGUGCGAAAACGACGGGUACUACUUCCGCGCAUGCCAAAGGCACCGGGAUAUGUACGAAGCGUCCCGAGCCAAGAGGGCCUGCGCAGUAGAGGGCUGCAACAACGCCGCCAGAAGUGUACUCAAAGGGGUGCGCCUGUGCAAGCUCCACUCUGCCAAGGAGGAGAGGGGACCGAAGCCUCAGAGUGAGGCGAAGGGUCCUCGCGCUGUCGGGGACGUUGUUAAGGAAGCGAGCAAGGAAGAGGCCACUCCGCAGCCCGAGGCGCGUUCCGCGCCCGGGCAAGGGAGCACGGACUCCGUCAACCCCGCCACCACGGGAAACGAGCAGGGAGACUCCAAGGAUUUAGCCGCCUAUUUGCAGGCAAGGCUGAAUGGAGAGUCCCAUUCCGUCGCUUUCCUUGGCACGGCGAAGCGGGACGAAAGCCUGGUUGCUGCGAGCCGGCGUCUCACGGCAGCAGCAAAGGCGGCCCUGCGUAGGCUGCCCCCCGACUACCCGGAGGAAGUAGCGCAGCUCAUCCGGAGCCUCGCCGGGGCCCGCGAGAAGGAAGAGGCAUUUGACCCCAUUCUCGAGUUAGGGAAGAGAAGCUUGGCGCUGGCCGCGGCUGAGCCAACUCGCCCGGCCGAAGAGCACAAGCCUGAGUCUUCGGUGGUGCCGUUUACGGUGAGCGCAGCGCUGCUCUUUCGACAAAAGGAGGCCAGCAGAGCGACACCCAGCGACGGCGCUUCUGCGGUGCCCCUGCCGGAUGGCCUCGUUUCCGCUUUGAGGCCCUCGCGGGCAGGAAAGGAGUUGUUCCACUCGCUGAAGACCGCCGGGGCUCAGGGAAGGCCACAGAUGCGGGCGCUGCAAUUCCCGGUGAACGUCACCAACAGGGUCGCGUAUGGGCUGGCCUCUCUCUCCAUCGGAGGGCGGGAGGUUAAGUCCCUGCCGGGGUACGCCCUCUCCGUUGCCGACUUCCCUCUGACUUCGGAAGAGGACUUCGACAACUUCGUUCCCCCGCCGGACAGCCGCCUGGAAAAGCGCCCACGCCACCCGACGACGUUGACAGCUUGGUUUCGGGCCGCUCUUCGUAUGGCCUGGGCUGUCGCCUGCGUCUACGGCACCGAGCACUACGCGCUCUUCGAGGCCGCGGCCACCAAGCUUCUGCACCUGGGAGAGGAGGCAACUUAUGCCUGGCCGCUCCCCUGGGUGAUGAGCACCUGGGAGGAGCUCUGGAGCCGGAUGGUCGAGGAACUUCGACAACUAGACAGGGAAAUGCGAAGGCUGAUGGGGGAAGAGUCCCCUUCGUGGGAGAGGAUCAGGUUUUACUGCACCUCCCCAGAUGACCAAGGUAACCCCUGGCUUCGACUCCCCCGCACGUUUGACCUUGAGGACCCCAAAAAGGAGUUCUUCGCGUCGGACAUAGUCCCACGGCACCAGAGAGCCCUCACCCGGAACUGCUGGCAGCAAGCGCUGAAAGCCCAAGGCCUGGGCACCACCUCUCAACUGGGUGGAGGCCGAGCCGGAGGUGAUUUCUCAGAGGAGGGGACAGCAGCAGUGACUCAAACUGACGCUAAAGAGGGAGGGGGUUACCUCUGUUGGGACUACAUGUCUCACAGAGGUUGCCACUUGGGGGCAAAGUGCCCCCACGCGCAUCCCCCGGCAUCGCAGAUCCCAGCGUGGAACAGCCUUGACUGGUCGGUCCAGCUUCAGUUGUUUCGCCGCGGGGGUCUGAAGACCAAAGCCAAGACCAAGUCGGUUGACGCGGCCGUUGCGGCUCUCCGUCGGGAAGUCGCCCGGAAGCAGCAGGAGCACGUUGAGGAAGGACAGCGCCAGGCCGCGGCAGCUGCCAAGUCCACAGAAGGCCCUUCUACCGACGCAACAAUCGAGACGCCGCCACCAGAAAAGUUCACCUCCUUCGCACCGACUGACGCGGAGGCUACUUUGGAAGCGUGGGAGGAGGGGCCUGACUUCACCUGGUUCGCCGACCAGUCCGCCCCCGCUGUCCGAGAAGUGGAUGCCUCUGUUGUUACUCGAGCGCGCCAAAGGCCUGAGGCGCGGCAUCGCGUCCGGGCCCUGGACGCCGUGACCAAGGAAGCCUCACUAGAGGGCUGGCCUGCUCUUUUGGCUACGUUCGUGAAAGCCCACCUCGUCCGUCGUAAGGAGUCACACCCGGGAGAAGCCCUGAGCUCAGACCACGUCUUCGAGGCCCUUCGCCUCGCAGUAGCCGAGGGCGGGCCGGAGCUAGCUACACAGGCCGAGGUCGAACUGGAACGAACUGAGCCCGUCAAGGCAGGAGAGUCCGUUGCCACCUUCUCGGAGGCAGUUGCGGCUGGAGACUACCUCAAAUGUGAGAUGCGGUGGGGAUCGCACUCCUGGCCCGUCGCAGACUAUGGCGACCGGCUCUGCCUGCUCCCUGGUGUCUCCGACCAGGUUCGUGGGGCGCCCUCCACUGAUGAGCCAGAAGGCCGACAAUGUCUCGUCUUGCACUGCGUCGCGGGCGUUCUGCUGCGCAAGCAGGGGCGUCUUCCCACGUCGGCCGAAGUCGCCUCCGCCGCAGCCGUGGUCCGCAAGGAGCUCCUCGAACGUGCAGUGUCCUCGGACACUGCGCUCGGUCCGGUUCCAGAGGAGCUCUCCCGGGCCGAAACGAACCUGCGCAUUUAUGCACACGACCUGAGGCACUGGGCGCACGACAAGGACUACCGCUGCCUGGCCGCUUACCCCCUCGCGUUUUUCUCUCGACACCGGUUAGUGUUCCUUCGCGUGGGCCCGCGUGGUCACGUCACUGCUGAACAGAUCAGGGGAGCCGAUGCUCCGGCCUCCUCAGAACCCAUCGUGCUGGUCAUCCAUCAGGGUCACAUGCGGCUGCUGCACGCAGCACCCGGCGUGGUUGACGGUGCCUUCCCGCACCCGCGGGUCGUUCCCGCACUUGGGUGGGCCGAUCUCCUCGAA